GAGCAUAGUAUCUGGUGUGCGGUGACGGGGUCACAUGGUCAUGACAUCAUCAGAGGUCCUUUAGCUGGCUAGGAAAUAGCAUCUACCGUGCGGUGACGUCAGGACCUUCCUGAUGGGGCGCUCCGUGUUCCUCACAGUGGGCACCACCAGUUUUGAUGAUCUGAUUUCGUGCGUCUCCUCGGAGCGGAUUGUCAGUAUUCUCAAAGACCUCGGCUACAACAGACUGACUCUCCAGAUUGGAAGGGGAGUAGUAGAACCGAAGUCAUUCACCUCAGCUGGUUUUACCCUGGAUGUCUUCAGGUAUAAGGACUCUUUAGCAGAAGAUAUUAGGAAUGCCGAUCUUGUUAUAAGCCACGCAGGUGCUGGAAGCUGCUUAGAAACACUCGAAGCACAAAAACCUCUUAUUGUUGUCAUCAAUGAGAAACUAAUGUCCAACCAUCAGCUGGAACUUGCAAAGCAACUCCAUAAAGAUGGCCACCUCCUCUACUGUACAUGCAGCACCCUUGAAAACACAUUAAAGACAAUGGACCUGUCAUCUUUGAAAGUCUUCCCGCCAGGUCAUCCAGAAAUAUUUGCAGACUUUUUAGAUGGUGUUGUGGGCCUUCGAUAGCAGUAAAGGAAUGGACGAUUCCACAAUUCUCUGGAAGACUUGCUUAUUAUGACUGAUACAGAACUAUUUGUUACUUUGGAUCUUAUUAAAGAUACAUUUUCUGUG